GGGUAUAGUCAGAACUGUCAAUCGGACGUGCGGAGAGUUUUUAUUUAUUGGCUGGCAUAAUGAAGGAUCACUGCAUCUGGAAUUGAGUCUUUCUUGAGCACGUGGCAAAGUUAUAAUGUCUUGGCUUCUAAAUUCAACUCUUAAUGGUUCAACAUCUAAUCUUGCGGACUCAUCAGGCCGACCCUAUACCACAUUGUUUUCUGGCCAGUCUGCGGCAGUGCCUGGGUUCCAUCCUUCUGGUGGUCUUCAAGGAUUGCAUAAUAUUCAUGGAAGCUUCAACCUACCAAAUGUGCCUGGUUCGCUUGCAUCCAGAGAGGCCGCAAUGGGUGUUGUACCAUCAGGUGGUAUUCAGCAACCAGGAGGAAGCAUUCCUAGUGGACGGUUCUCAUCAAACAAUCUUUUGGUUGCAUUAUCUCAGAUGCCUCAUGGCUCUGGUGUCACAAAUAGAGGGGGUAUUAAUGUUGUUGGAAAUCAUGCUUUUAGUAGUAGUAAUAUUAAUGGAGUCACUGGGUCAAUAACUGGUAUUUCCUCAAGUUCAGCUUCUGGAAUCGUAUUUAUGUUCCUGGUUUGGGAGUUUCUCCAGUAUUGGUUAAUGUAG